ACCUACACCCAUUAUUUUUUUCUUAGAAAAGAAAAAAAAAAAAUUUAUACUAUACAAUUAAUGGACCAACCUUCCGCACUAAUCCAUAAAUUUUUAUUAAAUAUAAAUAUAACAUGCAUAUUGCAUAUGUAUGCUAAUAUAAGCAUCCUUCCCCUCCUCCGGAUAUCCUCCGCCUUUCCGGUUUAUAUAUAUUCAUUCUCAUAAAGUGAUCGUUGAGAGAUUCAAGGCUUUGAACCAGAUCAAUCGAGCUCAGUCAGUUUGUUGCACAAUUAAGUCCCCCGAUUCUGCUACUUCUGCGUUUCCGCCGCGUCUUUCUUCGAUUCAUUCUUCAAUUUGAAAUCAUGUCCGGUUUACCGCCGAUUCCAGAAGCCAGCCGGAAGCUCGGCAAGGCGGCGCCGGAGAAAUCCAACUUCGCCCAGACCUGCAACCUCCUCAGUCAGUACCUCAAGGAGAAGCGCACUCUUCCCGAUCUCGGCCGUGGGAUUCUCGAACCUCCCAAAGGGAGAUCCGAGACGUUUCAGUCUCAAACAGUGACGACGAUGGACCUGCUACCGACCAUGGAAAAACCAGCCGGCGAGACGCCCGGUCUGAACGGCGGUGCCGUCUUAUCCUCCUCCUCCUCAUCUCAGCACUUGAAGUCCAUGGAUCUCUUUCCGCAGUUCUCCGGUUUCCGAUCCUCCGAUCGCGGCGAAGACACAACUAUUAGAUCGACCGAUUUCGGGAAGCCGGCAAGGCAGAUGACGGCGAGCCCCGCCGCGGCGGCGGAGCCGGAAAGUGCCACACUGACGAUAUUCUACAGCGGAACGGUGAUGGUGUACGGCGACAUUACGGCGGAGAAGGCGAGGGAGAUCAUGGACUUGGCCAGCAAAGGAUCCCCAAGCGCAUCCGCCGCAACGGUAGCUGCCGCUAUACUAAACUCAGCCGCCGCAGCUCGCGGCGGAGGCGGUGGUGCUAGUACUUCUUCUUCUGCUCCUUCAUCGUCAACUAGUAUGGGUCCAAGUUCCUCCGGAGCCAUUUUCAGUCACAAUAUUCCGUCCCAAGAACCCGAUCUUCCUCGAGAACCUCAAGCUAUUGCUUCUGAUAUGCCGAUUGCCAGGAGGAAUUCACUUCACAGGUUCCUUGAAAAGAGGAAAGACAGGUCUGCAGCAAGAGCACCGUACCAACCAAACAAGCCCUUAGUGGCAGGCCCUGCGGAUGAGCCGAAGCCUCGUGGAGAAGGCAACUCCUCAGCAGAGAUGGAGAUGGAUCCCCAAACAUCAGAGCACCUGGAGCUCAAAUUAUAGUCCAAUUGUGUCUUUCCCACUAAUCCCUUUUCAUGGCUAAUUACUGAUUAGCUCUCCAAAUUUGUUACCACUUAUAUAAAUAUGCUUUUCGAUUCAUCUCAUAUUUUUAUUAUUUUUUAGUCGAUGUCUUGAGUUAGGUGUAGAGUUUAGUCCCAUUAUUUGUAUUUUGAAAUUCAAAAAUUAAGGAGAAAAAAAAAAAGAACUAUUCUUGUCUA